CCUCGCAGCGCAGUGACGUCGCGGAGGGCGUGGCGACCCGUUAGCUUCGGCUUGUGGAGCACGCACACGCGCGAAGGGUGCUGGGUUUUGAUCUCGCGGACUCCGUUCUAGUGACCGAAUGCUGCGUCACUCUGGUGACGUCAAGAGCACGAAGCCAUAAUCCCACCCUGCAGCUGCCGCCCGCAGCCCGAGGGGUGAUCAUAUCAACAACAACAUUGUGUCGCCAUCGUCACACGGGGCCCGGGGCUCCUCCUGUGUCCGGGGAUCGCGGCCGUCUCGCCGGCUCUUGUUGAGCAGCAUAUCACUUCCUGUACCAAAGAAAUGGUGAUGGAGAAGCCAAGUCCCCUGCUUGUAGGGCGGGAGUUCGUCAGGCAGUACUACACUCUGCUAAAUAAAGCUCCUGACUUUUUGCACAGGUUUUAUGGAAGAAAUUCUUCCUAUGUGCAUGGGGGAUUGGAUGCCAGUGGGAAGCCCCAAGAAGCUGUGUAUGGACAAGCGGAAAUUCACAAGAAGGUGAUGUCACUUCAGUUCAGUGAAUGUCGCACAAAGAUUCGACACGUUGAUGCACAUGCUACACUGAGUGAUGGAGUUGUUGUCCAAGUUAUGGGUGAACUUUCUAACAAUGGCCAACCAAUGAGAAAGUUCAUGCAAACCUUUGUGCUUGCCCCCGAAGGAUCUGUCCCAAACAAAUUUUAUGUUCACAAUGACAUCUUUCGCUAUGAGGAUGAGGUUUUUGGGGAUUCAGAAGCAGAGCUAGAUGAAGAAUCUGAAGAAGAAGUAGAAGAAGAACAGGAGGAAAGACAGCCAUCUCCUGAACCUGUUCAAGAAAACUCCAACAGUUCUUACUAUGAUCCACAUCCAGUGUCUAAUGGAGUAGAGGAGUCUUUGGAAGAACCCAUUAUUGAGCCAGAGCCAGAGCCUGAACCAGAAGUGAAGACUGAGGAGCUAAAACCUGAGCCAGAAGAAAAGAAUAUAGAGGAGCUUGAGGAAAAGUCACCCACACCUCCACCUGCUGACCCCAUUCCUCUGCCCCAGGAGCCACCAAAGGCUUUCUCUUGGGCAUCAGUGACCAGUAAAAACCUGCCUCCAAGUGGUACUGUACCAUCUUCAGGAAUUCCUCCCCAUGUUAUAAAAGCUCCUGCUUCACAGUCAAGAACUGAAAAUAAACCAGACAGUCAACUUCAGCCUCUACGUACUCGUGAUCAGCGUCCACGAGAGCGUCCAACGUUUCAGCUGAGGGGGCUGCGAUCAGGUCGUGGAGACACUGAUCAAGGGGAAACUGAUAACCGACGCAUGUUCCGAUAUCCUGACAGCCACCAGCUCUUUGUUGGUAAUCUACCACAUGAUAUUGAUGAAAGCGAGUUAAAAGAAUUUUUCAUGAGUUAUGGAAAUGUAAUGGAACUCCGGAUUAAUACCAAAGGUGUUGGCGGGAAGCUUCCUAACUUUGGAUUUGUUGUGUUUGAUGAUUCUGAACCUGUUCAGAGGAUUCUGCUUGCUAAACCAAUUAUGUUUCGUGGUGAAGUUCGCCUAAAUGUGGAAGAGAAGAAAACCAGAGCUGCCCGUGAAAGGGAAAUUCGCAGUGGUGAUGACCGCAGGGAUGUACGCCGCAAUGACCGUGGUGCUGGGGGACGCGGUGGAGUUAUUGGAGGUGGAAUGAUGCGGGAUAGGGAUGGAAGAGGCCCUCCUCCACGAGGGGGGAUGGCACAAAAGCUGAGCACAGGAAGAGGAUCAGCCUCUAUGGAAAGCCGCUUCACUGGUCAACGCCGCUGAAAAUCAUUAAUACAAAGUAAAGCCUACAGUGGUACAUUAUUCGUGGUGUUUGCAUUCUUGUUAAUCUUAGCUUUGGAAUGUGACACAGCUUUUUUUUUUUCUCCUUUUUUCUUUUUUUUUUUUCCUUCCCCAUAAUUUCUUUGAUGUGAAGACAUCUUUUGUUUGCAGUUUCAAUUGAGGUGAACUUUUUUUUAAAUUUUAUUUCUUUUGCUGUUUCUCAGCAGUAAUUAAGAUGUUAAUUUUACACCCCGAAAUAAGAAAUUAGAAGGAAUGAGAUGACCAUUAGCACUGCAAAUUAUGUGGACAUUGGAGGCUCAUGUCUAGUAGAGUUCUGUUUUCAAGUAUUAUCGUUUCUUCACUGGAAACAAAAAUAGUGCAAUGUUGCCUCCUGUACUUCUUCUUCUUCUUCUUUUUUUUUAUUUAGUCCUUAAAUACCUUUUUGCAUUGAAGGAACUAAUGGUUCAGCUCUUGUCAAAUGCACGAACGAUCUCCUCUUAACACGGUUGUAGGAACCCAGUUUUUUGUAAGACGAUGGCAUCUGGUUUGUUGUACCAUAAACACCUUGGUGCAAACACUAUCAAAAAGUUAUUUCUCUGGAACUAAUUUAAAAUCUGAACUUUAAUCAGAAUUGGUC